AUGAUAACCGUGGCAGAUGGAGGCUCCGAAGCAAGCGACUCCGACCGGUACUACACAGUCACGAUGGGAACGAUCGGCAUCCCAGUCAAGCUCAUUCACGAGGCGGUCGGCCACGUCAUCACUGUCGAGCUCAAAGGUGGAGCAGCAUAUCGAGGAACCCUCUAUGAUGCCGAGGACAACUUCAACAUUGCGAUGAAGGACAUCGCAGUCACAGCGCCGGACGGCAAGCAGUCACACCUCGAAAACGUAUACAUUCGUGGCAAUAUGCUUCGGUUCAUCAUCGUACCUGACAUGCUGCAGCAGGCACCAAUGUUCAAGCGCAUCGGGCCCAACGCGAUGAAGGGACGUGGUAUCGGAAGUGCACGCGGUCGUGCGACAAUCCUCAGAGCGCAAGCACGACGUGGAAGAGGUGGGUCGUCCGGUCCAAGCAGCGGCGGUGCUUCCGGUGCACGACCUCCGAUCCGCAGGUAA